ACCCCGUAGGGUACUCUCAAAACAGAAAUGGAUAAUAAAAAGCGGUCACGCAGAUCGCGGAAAGAAUCCGGGCACACAACUGGGGCAAACGAACCAGAACAGGCGCAUGUAGAAAAAAUGCAAACAGAACAGUUAACCUCAGUGGAAACGGUUCCAUUAGAAAUCAGUACAUUGCCAACUCUUCAACAAACAGAGAUUUCAGGAUCAAGGGCAAACGAACCAGAACAGGCGCAUGUAGAAAAAAUGCAAACAGAACCGUUAACCUCAAUGGAAACGGUUCCAUUAGAAAUCAGUAUAUUGCCCGCUCUUCAACAAACAGAGACAUCAGGAUCAAGUUCAAAUUAUCAACGACGAGUGCAUUUAGAACCUAUAACCCCAAUGGAAACGUUUCCCAAAGACCCCAGUUCAUCCCCAAACCAUCUACAAACAGAGCCCUCUGGAUCAAGAUCAGAAUCAGAAAUUAGAAAUUCAGUAUCAUCGCAAUCGCUUACACCGCCGUCCACACCGACAUCAACACCUGAUACCGUGUAUUCAGGGACAUUUUAUAAGAGAGAAUUUGUUUACGGAGAUAUUGACAAGGGCCGUGCGAAGUUCAUCAAGGUCAAUAAGGCGGACAUUCGGAAGAGUCACUUUUUGAAAAAACUUUCACAAGAAAUUCUGAAAACUUGCCCACAUCUUGAAAAGAAACAUCUGCUGCUUUCAAUAACUGACGAUGCUGGCAGAGAGUUAAACGGUGUCCAAAAGAAAACGUUAAAAAAAGGCAUCAUGAAAAUACUUCAAGGCACCUGUCUAGUGACGGGUGGAACAAACAGUGACGUCACAAGACUAGUUGGAGAAUGCGUAGGUUGUUUCAACGAUAGCACAAGAGGCAAAAAUGACAAGUGUAUGGCUAUCGGAAUUGUCAACUUGGAGAACAAUAUGAAACUGAAAUUCCGUAAGGAUGAAGAUGUGCUUGGAAUUGACGACGACGGGACCUUAUAUCUCGUGGAUUUCAGUGGCAAAAGGUGGACAUUAAAUCCAGCAGUAUUGCCUAAAUAUUGCAUAACAACUAGUAAGAAUGUCUUGCCAUCUGAGGACAGUCGCGAUAUGUGUACGGAUGAUUCAUUGACAUUUACAAAGGAUGACAUUGUCAUGAUCAGCAGCAACCCAAAGACGAUGCAGAACCUAAAAGGCAAAACCACUGAACAAACAAUCGGUAAAAUUGGUACAGUUUUGAAAGUUGAGACCAACCUUGAUCUGCAGAUUUAUGUAUGCGGAACUACCGGGAAUUAUCAACCAGAUGAUGUUACUUUAUUGUCUCCAGGGAGCUUGAAUCGUCAAUUGAAGAUAUGGUUGGAUAACCACGAGCAUAAGAAGAACACAUUGGUGCAGGUCGUAUUGUCGGGAGAUGAAACCAAAAUGAAAGAUCAACUAAACGAGACUAUAAGGAAGCAGAAACCUACUCGAGUCGGAAUCGACUACAACGGUGACUUAUAUGUUAAGGAUGGGUCAGGAAAGAGAAAAACAAUCAAACUAGAUGAACAGACCGACGUCAUUGCAAGUAGAACUUAUUAUCUAAGAGGUACAGAAAUUACCACCAAGGCUGACAGUUCAACUGAUCAGCCCUUCGAAAUUGGCGAUCUGGUACAAAUAUGCAAUCAUAGUAAGCUGUAUAAGGACAUGCAAGACCACGAGUGGCGGAUUCGCUUUGAUCGGACAUACGGAAAAAUUGGUACAGUACUUGAAGUGAAAGAUGACGGCCUGCAGAUCGACGUGUGUGGUUCACGUGAUUGGUAUAGAUCAGAGGAGGUUGCUUUAGUGUCGUUUGAUUCCCUUACGAGCCAGUUAAAAAAAUGGUUCGAAACACACACGCCUAUAGAUAAGAAGGACGAAAUGGUAAAAGCCGUUCUGACAGAAAAUGUCCGCAAGGUGCGUGCGCUACUGCGGCGUGACAAGAAGGAUAAAGAAAUGUUCGGUAUUGACGAAGAAGGGUUCUUAUUUGUUUUGGAUAGCACUGGCAAACGGACGUUUAAUGUUGUUGGUGGUUCCAUUUCCUCGCCCAUUGAGGUUGGCGACAUCGUGAUGAUUUGCAGCAACGAACACACAUUGAAGGAUCUUCAAAACGGACUGUGGAGAACUGGCAUGGAGCGGACACUCGGUAAAAUUGGUACAGUACUGGAAGUGCACAAAAAUAUUGAGAUGCGGAUCAAAGUAUGCGGUGUUGAAUGGUGGUACAGACCACAAGUCAUUGGUUUGGUUUCUCUAGAGCGUUUGACUGGCCGCCUCGAGGUAGAGUUACGAACCUAUCAGCCAGAAAAUCAUGAAACAAUGAUCAAUGCCGUGCUGACACGGGAUGUCAUAAGCGUGGGUAAAGAACUAAGCAGUUCUCUUAAGGCACAGGGUGUGUUCGGCCUCGACGAAGGUGACAUAUUUGGUAUCGAUGUAAGCGGACAAAGGCACACCAUCAAUGUCGUUGGAACUCCUGUUAUUCCAACCUUCAAAAAAGGAGAACUGGUGCAGAUCUGUCAUGACCCAACUAGGCUACAAAAUUUUCAAGGCAAUCUUUGGCAUAAAGGAAUGGAGAAGACAGUCGAUAAAAUCGGUUUUGUACAUAGUGUUGAAACGAAUAAUGAUCUUCUUAUUGGUGAAUGGACAUGGAGAUACAGGCCAUAUGCUGUUAAAAAAGUAUCACUUGAAAACUUGAUAGGCCAGAUAAAGAAAUGGGUUGAGAUGUACAUGCUUGGAAGUGCCAGCGACGAAAUGUGUAAAGCUGUUUUGGAUACUGAUGCUGCAAAAGUGAGGGAACUACUGAGCAUUGAUAGGAAUGAACAGGGACUGUUCGGCAUUGACAAAGAUGGGUCAUUAUAUGUCCUGGAUAUUAACAAUAAAAGGAGGAUUUUCACUGUAGCUGGUGAUUAUGUUCAUCCAACUUAUUCAAUUGGUGACAUCAUACAGAUGUGCAGAAAAGAGGAACCAGGUACCAUUGCCACGGUAGAGAACGUUGUCAAUACCGAUGAGUUGUUGAUUAUCAAGUGCGGUGAUCGACCGAACGUCCGCCGACAGGAUGUUAAAUUAGUGCCUCUCAAUAGACUGACUUCCGAGUUAAAAAAUUGGUUUAAGAUCUACAAUUCUUCAUCUGAGGAAGACGAGAUGGUGAAAGCCGUUCAGUCAGACAAUACUUCAAAAGUUGGUGAAUUACUGAGCCAAGACAUAAAGAGGAUGUUGUCCCAGCGAAAAUGCGGUAUUGACAGUGACGGUUCCUUGUUUAUUGAAGAUACCAGCGACAAAAGACGGAAGUUCAUUCUUGCCGACGGUUUGAUUUCUCCAACAUUUCUUGAAGGUGACAUUGUACAUAUCUGCAGUGAAGCUAAGCUAGAUAACCCAAAUGGCAUACGGAAAGAUGACUUGAAACGGACAGUCGGUACAAUUGGAAGAAUAGAGGAAGUGACAAAGGAAGUGACAAAGGGAGUGACAAAGGACAGUAAACUGAGGAUCAAAGUGGGCGCUGAUACUUCUCUUCACCGUCCAAAAGAUGUUUCUUUAGUUUCAAUCGUGCACCUGACUAACCAAUUUAAGGAGUGGUUAGAGAAUCACAGGCCGCAACUUGAAAAUCAAAGGUUUGGGGAAGCUGUCGUGUCAGGCAAUGCAAAUUAUGUCCGUAAAGUACUAACUCAAAAGCACCAGCAAAAAGGAGUUUUCGGCAUUGACGACGAUGGUGACGUCUACGUUACUGAUAUCGGCUAUAAAAGGCUAAAACUGACAAAAGAGGAAAAGAAUGACGACGCCGUUUCACAUAGUUCAAUCAAAAAGAAGAUUGUUGAAAAUGACUUGGUGCGCAUCUCUAACGACCAGUCGUUGAUUGUGGUAAUGCAGGGAGAUAGUAAUAAUGUUGACACGAAGAAGAUACUCGGUAAAUUUGGGAAAGUGGUAAAAGUGAAAAAUGACAAUGCAAUCGAAAUCGAAGCGUGUGGUCUAACUUUGCACUGCAGUAAUAACGCAGUUGUUAAAGUUUCUGUUGAGGGCUUGACUAAACAAUUACACGAUUGGUUUGAAACUCACUGGCCUAAACCUGACGAAUUUGGAAAAGCUGUGAUGUCAGAAAAUUACAAAAAAGUGGGUGAACUACUGCGCAAUGCUAUAAAGGAAUUCAACUUGCAAGAUGGCACUAAUUCGGUUCCCAGAGGUAUGAAACGAUCCAAAGAAACAACAGGUUCUGAACGCCAGUUAGACCCCAACCAUGGUCUAUUCAUCAUUGUAGACGAGGAAGUUGUUCAAAGUUUUGGAAGCGAUAUUGGGUUUCGAGCCCAACUACAUAAACAACUAAUAUCAGAAAUGUCUACAUUAAGACAGAAAAAAUCUAUGACUGUUUGCAAAAUACCAGCCAUCAACCUUGCUGCUCACUGUACUGGCGUGACACUGAAGUCAGUUAAACGAGUAUCAAAACAUUACACAACCACGCUUAUAGUGAAAGCCGAGAGGGAGGUUGAGGCCGUGGAUAUUGCCGAUGUAUUCAAAGAAGAAACAGAAAGAAAAAAAAGGUGGUCGUACAUACGCCCAGACAAUAUUGCCGAGGGCACUGCAACAGCACAAGUGUGUCAUGAUUUAACAGCGAGAGAGGCAUGGACUUGGUUAACGCCGACUGAACCCAAAGAUGGCUACUACAAAUUCUUCUCUACAGAAAUAGUCAACGCCGUGUGUACGGGUGGAAUCAAGUUUUUACAACAACUUCAAACAAUCGAUAGCAACUUUUUAAACAUGUUUUUAAUAGAAAAGAGCGAUUACCGAAACAUGGUUAACCGAGUAUCGAACUUGCAGGUUUACAAAGGGACAUUGAUGAUUAAUAAAGAACAGUUAGACAGCAACUCACAAAGUGAGGAAAUGUGUUUGGUUUUAAAAAUCAUCAGACUGCUUUCCACACGACCUGUGUAUGGCGAACGCGACAGUGAUUCAAUUGAUCAUUGGAACAUUCGCUAUUGGAAAUCUCCUCCAACAGAAGAACUGAAGAAGAUGGGAUCCUUAUUACCAUUUUGGAAUUACUUGUUUCUUUGGGCAUUACUAUUGGGACAACAUGAGGUGGCAAAACUGUGCUUUCAGAAAGUAGAGCGUGCAACAGUGAUGGCUUUGAUUGCGUCCGAUUUUUAUGCAGACUUGAGUAAACCUGACCAAUACGCACCAAGGGAAGAUGGAAUGCAAAACGAAUGGACCGAUGUGUCGAAAGGUAUCAUUGACGUAUCUUUCUCGGACGAUGAACAAAAGACGGCCUCCAUGCUCUUACAAAACCUGCCUUACUGGGACAAUAUUUCUUGCAUGGAGCUGGCCAUCCAAUCUGAAAAACGUGAAAUAAUUGCACACCGUGCCUGUCAGAAAGCGUUUGACUCAUUUUGGGAGAUGGGUCUUCAGGGAAAGAAAUCGUCCAUUCUGUUUGCGAUGUGCAUUUUCUUCCCAAUUCUGGCAGGUUGUUUGCAAUUUAGUUCAUCUGACAGUUUUACAACAAAUAUUAGGACAUUUUUCACCAUGUCAAAAACGAAAUUUAUAUACAAUAUGAUAUGGUAUAUUGCGUUUUUGAUUUUCUUCGCCUACGUGCUCGUGUUUGAUCUCGGAGACACUGUUACGAUCACACAAUACGUAUUGUUUGCAUGGGUGAUAACAUUGCUUCUGGAAGAAGUUAGACAGAUGGCAAAACUUAAAACAAAAUACUUCAGAAAGGGAUGGAAUAUACUCGACAUCCUUGCGAUCGUUCUCUAUUUUAUUGGCUUUGGUCUACGAUUUACAGACAUGAUGAACGCGUCUAGAGUUGUGCUUGCCAUAGAUUUUGUGGCCUUUGUUUUGCGUCUGAAUCAUAUAUUUUAUGUCCACAAUACCCUUGGUCCUAAACUCAAAAUGAUUCGCCAAAUGUUUCGGGAUCUGCUGUAUUUUUUAGUCAUCAUGGCAGUGUUCUUUUUUUCUUACGCCAUUUCAUCGUAUGCCAUCCUCUACCCGGAUUCACCACUCACGUGGCAAACUUUGAGACAAAUGCUGAGAAGACCGUAUUGGCACCUUUACGGGGAACUGUUCUUGGAUGAAACGGAGGGGUUGACGGACUGCACGAACGAUUCUGGUUUGUGGACGAAUAACACAUACCCUCGAUGUCCAAGUGAAACUGGAAAGAUUGUAGUACCGAUCAUGAUGGGGAUUUACCUGCUUGUUGCCAAUAUCAUGCUUCUUAAUCUUCUUAUUGCUAUGUUCAGCUAUACCUUUAACGAACUGCAUAAGAACUCACACAGCACGUGGUGUUUUCAGAGAUAUAAGAUCCUUAACGAAUACGCUGACAGGCCGGUGUUAUGUCCACCUUUCAACGUGUUUUGGGUUUUGUAUUUUCUUGUUGAACUAUUCCGUUGCAAAGCUGAAGAAAUAUACCCCCCAUUUCGAGUGUCUCUGGAUGACCGAAAAAUGGAAGACAUUGCUGAAUUUGAAAAUGCAGCAGUUGAGAAAUACAUUAAAUCUCAGGAACUGAAAGACUCUGAAAGUAUUGACAGCAAGUUAAAAACGUAA